CCCAGGCAGUACAUUGGGGAGAACUGUCUCUUUAAGUUGGUGUCAAAGCCGAUUAGAGCUGAUCUCAGGCGUGAUUCGGUUUUACCGUCUGUUCCCUGGAUCUGUUUUCUUUUUAGUCUGCUACGAGUACGAUACGAUUUCUCCAGUUGUUUCCGGUGUGAAUUUAUUUUUUAAAUAUAUAUAUUUUUAUUUAUAUUAAAAAGUUACACUUAUGCCAACAUGGAUUGGUUGCGUUACUCGUUUGGAUAAGUCGCCUUUUGGGUUCGUUUGGAUAUGGGUUGCGCUGCACAACACGCCCGAGCAGCUAACCAACUUUUCCGCGCGCGUCCGUAGUCCUUGCUUUUGUCUUUUCAUCAGCAAAGUUCCUUUCUACAUUACCUGCAAAGGGAGCAGAGUUCACGGAUAUGGUGUCGGGUCAAUAAAUCCAGUUUAAACCGAGACGGAAAAUGCAGAAAAGUGUGCGAUACAAUGAGGGGCACGCACUGUAUCUCUCCGUAGUCGCGCGCAAAGAAGGAACCAAGCGCGGCUAUCUCAGCAAAAAGACCACAGAGAACAGCCGAUGGCACGAGAAGUACUUCGCCCUUUAUCAAAAUGUGUUAUUUUAUUUCGAAAACGACCAGAGCGCGCGACCGUCUGGGAUUUAUUUGUUAGAAGGGUGCACAUGCGAGAGGGUCCCAGCGCCGAAAGUGUCCACGAUGGGCAAAGAAACUCUGGACAAGCAGCACUACUUCCUCAUUGUCUUCGGCCAUGACGGUCAGAAACCGCUGGAGCUGCGGAUGGAGGAGGAGUCGGAGUGCGAUGAGUGGGUGGAGGCCAUCCAGCAGGCCAGCUACUCUGACAUCAUCAUUGAGCGCGAGGUGCUGAUGCAGAAGUACAUCCACCUGGUGCAGAUCGUGGAGACCGAGAAGGUGGCGGCCAACCAGCUCCGCACCCAGCUGGAGGACCAGGACACCGAGAUCGAGAGGCUUAAGGCUGAGAUCAUAGCCCUCAAUAAAACCAAGGAGAGGAUGCGGCCCUACCAUGUAAACCAGGAGGAGGAAGACCCGGACAUUAAAAAGAUUAAAAAGGUCCAGAGCUUCAUGCGCGGCUGGCUCUGCAGACGGAAGUGGAAGAUCAUUGUUCAGGACUAUAUCUGCUCUCCCCACGCAGAGAGCAUGAGGAAGAGGAACCAGAUCGUCUUCAACAUGGUGGAGGCUGAGACCGAGUAUGUCCACCAGCUCUCUAUCCUGGUCAACUGUUUCCUGCGGCCACUCCGCAUGGCCGCCAGCUCCAAGAAACCGCCCAUCAGUCAUGACGAUGUCAGCAGCAUCUUCCUCAACAGUGAGACUAUAAUGUUUCUCCAUGAAAUAUUCCACCAAGGCCUGAAAGCGAGGAUAGCCAACUGGCCCACAUUAGUCUUAGCCGACCUGUUCGACAUCCUGCUGCCCAUGCUGAACAUCUACCAGGAGUUUGUGCGGAACCACCAGUACAGCCUGCAGGUGCUGGCCAACUGCAAGCAGAACCGGGACUUCGACAAGCUGCUGAAGCAGUACGAGGCCAACGCCGCUUGCGAGGGCCGCAUGCUGGAGACCUUCCUCACCUACCCUAUGUUCCAGAUCCCCCGCUACAUCAUUACCCUGCACGAGCUCCUGGCCCACACGCCGCACGAGCACGUGGAGCGCAAGAGCCUGGAGUUUGCCAAGUCCAAGCUGGAGGAGCUGUCCAGGGUCAUGCACGAUGAGGUGAGCGACACGGAGAACAUCCGAAAGAACUUGGCCAUCGAGCGCAUGAUCGUGGAGGGCUGUGACAUCCUGCUGGACACCAGCCAGACUUUCGUGCGCCAAGGCUCUCUGAUCCAGCUGCCGUCGGUAGAGCGGGGGAAGCUCAGUAAGGUGCGGUUGGGCUCUCUGUCUCUGAAGAAGGAGGGGGAGCGCCAGUGUUUCCUCUUCACCAAGCACUUCCUCAUCUGCACGCGCAGCUCUGGGGGCAAGCUGCACCUGCUUAAACAAGGAGGGGUCCUGUCCCUUAUUGAAUGCACCCUCAUCGAGGAGCCAGAUGCCAGUGACGAGGAGUCCAAGACCACGGGACAGGUGUUCGGCCACCUGGACUUCAAGAUCGUGGUGGAGCCCUCGGAUGCCCCUUCCUUCACGGUGGUGCUGCUGGCCCCCUCUCGCCAGGAGAAGGCGGCCUGGACCAGCGACAUCAGCCAGUGUAUCGAUAACAUCCGCUGUAAUGGCCUCAUGACCAGCGUGUUCGAGGAGAACUCCAAAGUCACCGUGCCUCACAUGAUCAAGUCCGAUGCGCGCCUCCACAAAGAUGACGUUGACAUAUGCUUCAGCAAGACGCUCAACUCGUGCAAGGUGCCGCAGAUCCGCUACGCCAGUGUGGAGCGGCUGCUGGAGAGGCUGACGGACCUGCGCUUCCUCUCUAUCGACUUCCUCAACACCUUCUUGCACACCUACCGCAUCUUCACCUCUGCCACCAUCGUCAUGGACAAGCUGGCCGACAUCUACAAGAAGCCCUUCACCUCCAUCCCCGUCAGGGUCCAGUAUCACUCAUUUGACCGCUUGUCCAUCACCUCCAUCUGUCCAGACUACAGCCUGAAGAUCAGGAAGCUAGCCUUGGACCAGUCAAAGUCUCUGGAACUGUUCUUUGCCACCAAUCAGAACAACCGCAGCGGCGAGCACAUGAACGACAAGUCGCCCCGCCUGUGCCGCAAGUUCUCAUCCCCACCCCCGCUCUCCAUCCCCUCUCGCACCUCCUCACCCGUCCGUACCCGCAAGCUCUCCCUCAACUCGCCUGUGGGCUCCAAGGUGGGGGCCCUCGACCUGUCCAUCACCUCGUCCUCCUCUGCCGCCAGCAGCCCCACCUCCACCUACAACCCCACCAUGUCCCCCCCGCCGGCCAACACCAAGGCCCCCCUCGACCUGAGCCGGGGCCCCUCCUCGCCUGAGCAGAGCCCCGGGGCCGUGGAGGAGGGGGGCGAGAUGCCGCGCAUCGACGCGUUCUGCGGAAAGCUACGGAGGAGCAUCCGGAGGGCCGUCUUGGAGUCCGUGUCUCUGGACAAGUUCAUUCCGGAGACGGGCCAGGGCAGCGAAUCGGGCGAGGUGUCCCCGUGCCGCUCGCCCUCCACGCCCCGACACCUCCGCUACCGGCAGGCGGGAGUCCAGUCGGCCGAGAACUCCCGCUGCUCGGUGUCCCCCGCCUCGGCGUUCGCCAUCGCCACAGCAGCAGCUGGUCACAGCAGCCCGCCAGGGUUUAACAACUCAGAGAGGACGUGUGACAAGGAGUUCAUCAUUCGCAGGGCGGCCACCAACAGAGUUCUCAACGUGCUGCGUCACUGGGUGUCCAAGCAUUCACAGGACUUUGAGAUGAACGGGGAGCUGAAGAUGGGCGUGAUCUGCCUGCUGGAGGAGGUUCUGAGGGACCCGGAUCUGUUGCCCCAGGAGAGGAAAGCCACAGCGAACAUACUGAGCGCACUCUCGCAAGAUGACCAGGACGAUGCACAGCUCAGGAUCGAGGACAUCCUGCAGAUGGCUGAGUGUCCCAAGACCGAGUGCUUCGAAUCAUUGUCGGCCAUGGAGUUGGCGGAGCAGAUCACCUUGCUGGACCACAUUGUCUUCAGAAGCAUCCCCUAUGAGGAGUUUCUCGGCCAGGGCUGGAUGAAGGUGGACAAAACUGAGCGGACUCCUUACAUCAUGAAGACCAGCCAGCACUUCAAUGAUAUGAGUAACCUCGUAGCCUCUCAGAUAAUGUCCCACACUGACGUGGGCUCCAGGGCCAACUCCAUUGAGAAGUGGGUGGCAGUCGCUGACAUCUGCCGCUGUCUCAACAACUACAAUGGUGUACUGGAGAUCACCUCUGCCCUCAACCGCAGCGCCAUCUACAGGCUGAAGAAGACAUGGGCUAAGGUGUGCAAACAGACUAAAGCACUGAUGGACAAGCUGCAGAAGACAGUGUCGUCUGAAGGGAGGUUUAAGAACCUGCGGGAAACGCUGAAAAACUGUAACCCACCCUGUGUGCCCUACCUGGGGAUGUACCUGACGGACCUGGCCUUCAUCGAGGAGGGGACGCCCAACUUCACGGAGGAGGGCCUGGUAAACUUUUCCAAGAUGCGGAUGAUAUCCCACAUCAUCCGCGAGAUCCGACAGUUUCAGCAGACCCCGUACAGGAUAGAGCACCAACCCAAGGUCACUCAGUACCUGUUGGAUAAAACUCUCAUCAUGGACGAAGACACCCUGUACGAGCUCUCUCUCAAGAUUGAACCCAGACUCCCAGCUUGAGCGACCGCUGCGACUGGCAAUUUCCCACCCUGCCCAUGUGGAGGUGCUAGGGAGAAGAGGGGCGUGGCACAUGCGCGUCUGACAUUUUGCAAAGCACGGGGCAGGGGGGAGGGGAGGGAGAGAGUGCUGUCAUUCAAGCAGGAGGUAGAGUAAUAGAGAGGAAGAGAACGUGUAGAUGAUUCCCUCCGGAAUCCUACAUUUCAAAGGAUGAUGUUAAGGUGCUGGCAGUCCAGGCGUUUGGUAAGCGAGGUUGAAGUGUGACUGCUACAUUCCAGGUCAAAGGUCAAAGGUUAAGCGAUGGGGUCUCACAUUAGACGGCAUGCAGGUGGUGGGAAGAAGGUAUGUCGCUGCUCUCUAAAGUGGACAGGUCAGAAGGACAGUGUAAAAAAAAAAAAAACAAAAGAAAUGUAGCAUGUACAGAAACAACAAAUAGUUCAUAGUGCUUUUGGCUUUUCUCUCCAGCUAUCUAAUCUAAAGUCCUGGUCUUUCACAUGGAGGGCUGGAGCAUCUGACUCAUGCUCUCUCAGACGGUGAUGAUUUUGACUGCAUGAACCUGAUCUUUUUUUCUCUUUUCUUUUUUUUUUUUAAAUUCUGAUUCCUAUUUCAACCACAGUGUAGUGUGACAGGAGAGAGGUUGGUGUGCGCGGUGUCUGUUUCGCUACACGGCAUGAACUCGUGUUCCACUCAUUGCUCUGCAGAUUGGUUUGUGAGCUGGCACGUGUCCGUACGACACAAAACCAAACUGACCUGGCUGUUUCGCAUCAUUGGAUGAGUAAAUUUGCAAUUCAGCAUGCCUGCAGAACGUUAGUCACUUUGUUAUGACAAAAAAUUCUAUUAUUUUAUUAAAUCAAUUUGAAUGCUAAUAUCAAUGCCAGAAUAGAUGAAUCUCAUAUGUUUAAGCAUUUGCCAAUUCCGAUCAGCAAGAAUGAGAAGUAGGUGUUUUUUUUCCAACACUGCUAUGGUGCCUUUUAUGAAUAUUUUCUAAAUAUUGCAUAAAUGCUUAUUAGUAAGUUUCAGAAUGGUCAUAAAGUGGCAUACACUAUUCUAAACUAGAAAUGAAGGAGCAAAGAUUUUUAUGUACAGUAUAUAUAAAUAUGAAUAAAACGAUAAUCAGGAGCUUUAAGAUGACGUCAAUGCUUCAUUUGAGUGUUAGGAGUAAGUGGUCACUUAGUAAUCAGUGAGCAGAGUUAUUUGCAGUUGUGAUGUGCCCAGCGCAAGGGCAGCAAGGUGGCAUUUAGCAAUCCUGCCCUUUCUCAAAUGCUAAGACGUCACACGGUAACCCAGGGCCUGUUUCCUGCCGGCGGAUGUACGCAGGAAGGCAUUUGAGUAACCUUUCUGUGUGCGCAGAGGGGCACACAUUACAAAUUAAGAGCUGAUGAAUUCCUGGAUUGAACUAACGAGGCUCUCGUCUCUCCGUCUCGCUCCAUUUCUGCCGGCUGGCGGACCGGUGAUCCCGGCGGAGCCACGUCCUUUAAUGGACAAUUUAUGCCGCAAUGAGUUCUGUUAAACAGAUUUCUCAUUUCAACUCUAUCGCUUCGAAGGGAAUGGAUUUUAGACUGGCGCAGUGCGCGAGGGAGCAGGUGCUGGGUUCCUUCGGAAUGAAAAGAUUCACAGAAGUUUGUGCUGGGAACAAGGUCGUUUGCACUGCAGCACUGCGCACAGAAAAGCCCCAGGAUUCCUGCCUGCUGAGAAAGAUAACUUGCCUGAUAGAGGAGGUGACCCACUGAAGUCUUGCCUGUGUUUUAGAAUCCAAUCUGAUAUGCUCUGAAAUCUUAUUUUACUACAUUUCAGGGCUGAAAUGAAGGUGUUGGGGUGUGGUUACUAGGUCACUGUUGGUUACUGAUCAAAGGCUGAGAUAAACUUGGCCUUCUAUGGGGUAGCGCUACCGGUGAGUGCACAGAAAGGGGCUAGAAAUUGACACAACAGCUCCCCCUGCUGGAAGAAAGUUAGGAAAUAAAAGUGAAUCCUUAUGACUUCUAGGGUUCUGACUAUCAGACUUUUGAAUACAAGGCAUCUAGCAUGUCAAUAACAAUACAACAUUGUUACUUUAUGUGAGGAAUAGGUCAUAAGGCAGCAGGGGUUAAUCUUUACCUCUCCACUGCAACAGUAAAUUAGCUGUGUUCUGUGUCUAAAGGCACUUCUAGCCAUCUGUUACAGCCGAAUGUGGGGAUUAGCUACGGAUAACAGUCCCAACAGUCAGCAUCCCAUUGGUCAGAUCUAACGUCUUUAGUCUCCCAUCACAAUGCACUUUUACAUUACACGUUUUACAAUUACACCAGUACCAAUGAAAAGAGAACAGAUGACAGAGAAUAUUUAAUUUCUAUUUGAAUAUCUAUUUAUGAAAUGCAUG